GGGGUGAAUCUUCAACACUCAAUAGGAACUUGGUUGCUCUUCAAUAGGUCACUUUCGCCUCUGGGAAGAUUACACGGAAUGAUUUUUGUUGCCAACCUUGAAUAAUCAACUCACACCAACUCAUUCAUUGGAAGUUCAAAUCUUUCUUAGAAUUGCUUCUGCAGUGCUACUGAGUCCACUGAUUUUUACUAGGAUAUAUACACACUAGAUAGUGGGACCAAAGUUUAUUUACAACAACAUCAACGAUCACAACAAAACAAAACAAAACAAAAACAAUCUCUAGGCGAUGUGUAUCAAAUCCUCCAAUAUUGGGAGCGGUAGAAGCAGCAAUGGAAGAAAGGGAGCUUGAUGAAAGAGAUGGCAGUAAUGAUCACGGACUUAUGAGAGGGGAUGAGGAAGAAGCAUUAGAGAAAUUUCCACAUCGCCCGCAGAAUGGAAGAUGGAGACGAAAAUGGCGAAUUAUAAAUCCUUGGAUUUGGAUAGGAUUUAGUAUAUGGUCUAUACUCACGACGAGGAGGCUUCUGAUCGCGGAUUUUCGAUAUCCAAUAUGUUUUCUUGUUUUAUUGCAAAUCGCCGCAUACCUUGGCUUGGGCAUUUUCGCGGGCUUGACAAGUUUUGUCGACUACUUUACGAGCGUCCCGGAUUUAAACCCUAGUCGCGGUCCGUCAUUUCUACAAAGUCUUUUCGUUUUCAGUAGAUACUGCCUCACGGUAUGCAUUUCCAUGGUUGCUUUGAUAUACAACGCGGAAGCGAUCAUGCUUUUCAACAAUUUGGCUGUGUUUGCUACUUUAUUGAUACUCACAUAUGCGUUCGAUGCUUUACUAUUCAGUCUAGCAUAUGACUUACGAUUACUUCCUCGUGACCAAGGUCUUGACAGAACCAUAGUUGUUUGGGCUCUCAGCAUCCUUUGCCUUGUCUCCGUGAUUGUCUACAAUGAUUAUCGACUCAAUAUUGAAGCACUCCAGUUUGCCAUAAUUGGAAUGUUUCUUGUCAGUUUGGCAAGGACGAUAGCGGCGAUUGGAUAUCAAGUACCAUCUCCCAGAAUUCCUUCUUAUGGAGCCUCACUUUAUUUUAUGCUUUGGGGUGGAUUACCUCCAUGUUUGCUCGUCACCAUUUUCGCUGCGUACAGAUAUGAAGACUUUGGGGGGGCAUUCUCUGUUCUUCGGACUUGGGAAUUUAUGACCUUCGUGAAGAAUCUGACUCCCGGGGCAUUGACCCAUGUUCUUUGGAAUACACCUUUACGAUCAACAUUGGCCCUUUCUAUCGGUUCGAAGUCGCCUUAUGAAGCCACCGAAGAAAAUGUUCCCGAUGCAAUUGAUGCGACAGUCCACCUUUCUUUGGGGCUAAUGCUCAUAAGUACACUCAAGGAAGAAAAUAAAAUGGAUGGGUUUCAAAUCUUUAUGUUCAUGCUUAUUUACAUCAUCAGUCUUGGGCCGAAAGAAAUCAGCCUUUACUUUCCUAAAUUCAUAAAUUUUGUCUGCACCAUACGACGGAAAUCUGGAAUACCAGCUCGGAAGCUUUAUCCAAUAUGGCACAAACCUAUAUUACUUUGGACCACUACCUUUUUAUUUACCAUCCUUAGUUCGUUUGGGAUACUUUACUGGAUGGAUACAAUCUCCAUCCAUCAUGACCAGAAAUUUUGGACAGGCCCCAAGUCUCCAUCUCUGGAUACAAUUUACAGAGCGGCAACCAAAAAUCGUCUGCAAAUUGUAAUCGCUCAUUCAGCUGGUGAAUCAAUUCCUGUAAUCAAAGGAAUAGUAACGGGAAUCUUGAGCUCACAGCCUGCUGUUGUUGCUCAUAAGCCGGAUGUCUUGAUCUAUACGAAAGAUCCAUCGGAAGAUAUUGUUAAGAAAAUUCGAGCCGAAGUAGUUUUUGGGGACAUAUAUCCUCUUCCCAAUAUUGGAGGUGUAUCUGGAAUUUUCCUUCAUCAUAUAUUGAAGAACUGGGAUAGUUUACCUACACAAACACUUUUCAUCACAACAUCUCAACACACAAUCAACAAUUUUGAUCUCAUCGGUCGCCGAUUAUUCGAUUAUUACAACCCCGCGCAGCUACCACCAGCAGCGGAGAACUCAGAUAUAUUGACUGGAUUUCUCAAUUUAGGAGAAUUGGAAUCAUGUGAUUGUUAUGGGUGUUAUGAUAAAAGUGGCUGGAAUGAUACAUUUAGACUCAUCCCGAGUAUGUGGUCUGCAUCUCGUCCUGUUGAAAAGGAUGAGACACCUUACAGAUGCACGAAAGCGAUAUUAACACAUGGAAAUAAUUUCAUUGCUUCAGCGGCGCGCAUUCGGGGAAUUGGGAAAGACAUCUGGGAAACUCUAGAUGAUGCGCUCUCAAACCCAUCAUUAAGUAGGGGUUGGGCUCACGAUAGAUUGAAAUUGGGCCCGGAUGGAAGGAAUGCGAAGAUUUCUGGCGAGAAAGAUAGUUUGGAGAAACCGCACUUGGGAUAUACUGUUGAGAGAUUAUGGGGGAUCUUACUAGGAUGUUCAAAUCAAAAUAUUGCAUGGAGAUGUCCUAAUUUGUGGAAGGGAUGGAGGAGAUAUGGGGAGAAGGAGGAUUGUGCUUGUAGAGAUUGAGGUUACAUAGGAGAAAUAGAGAUGUGGAAAAGUUGAGGAUAAUGAAACAUUAACAUUCUACGGUGCCUGAGUCUGAGGUAGCGCUCAAAAUUAUUACGCGUUACUACGGAUUUUCUAUUUAUACGUCUACUUUCCUCUUCUUUUUGGUUUCGCCAAGCACAUGAGUAGCUUCGAAGUAGGCCGGUGAAGCAAUGCCCUCUCUUAAUCAUCAAGGCUACCAUAAAUCCUAACUCA